AUGGAAGCGUUCAAAGACCUAAGAAGUGGAUUCGGGUCACACAAGUCGGAAGUGAAACAAAAUAAAUAUUCCGUUCUUGUGGUAGCAGUGCCACCCUUCACAGUCGAGAUCGCCAAAGGAGACGAGCGCCUGUGCUUCCAUCUUGAUUUGGUUGAAAGCGUUGAGGUUCAAAGAGAAUAUGGUUUUCGAGUAGAAGAGUUCUAUGUAGCUCCUGCAGCCAAAGAACGCGAUGAAGAUGUCCCUGCUGAGGUUUAUGCAAGCAGUGGCAUAUACAUCGAUCCAGAUUUCCACGACUUGCUUUUUGUCCGCUACCUAGAAGAGCGCGGACCAGAGCUUAAUUCUGCAAAACUCUGGUUGCUUACGCUACGCACUACGAACACUCGCAAUAUGUGGGUCUUCUCAACAUGGCAUAACGAAAUGAGGACGGAACAAAUAAAAAUCAGCUUUACAAUCAUGUAA